UGGAACAGGAAGCGUCAACAGAGAGUGAGAGAGACCAUUGUCUCAGUGGUCUAAUCAAGGAACUCAAUGAGCUCAACUACAGUCAUUGACAAUCGACGAUACUUGGAGAUCUGAGUCAAUAAGAACUAGACACAGCCCAGCAAAAUGGACACCUCGACCAACGGGGAGAUUUGUAUCUUCACUGGCAUGACGGAGAGACAGAGAUUGCUACUGAAAGACUGUUGGCAAGAUCACAUCGGCCUGGCGCCACAGUUAGUUGACGCCGCCCAGGAGCAAUUUGGUGUACAGUUUAUGUUUUGGCUGCUUGAGACUAUCCCCAACGCCAAGAAGAGGUUCACCAAGUUUGACGGGACCCUGCCACAGGAACAGCUGUUGGCGAACAAGGAGUUCAGGAACCACUGCCGUAUUGUGGCCAAGUGGUUCGACUCCAUGAUCCGUCUACUGGACACCCCCGUGGAGCUGGAGAUGGAGACACACCAUCUGGCCAUCACCCACCUGUUCUUCACGCCAAAGAUCGGGUCGGAGUACUUCGACGUGUUCCAGGCCAAGUUCCCACAAUUUAUGGCGUCACAGAUCAAGCGCGCGCUAGUAGAUGAUGAAGUCAAAGCGUGGGGAAUGUUGGCCAAUCUCAUCUCGUCCAAAGUCAAGAAGUCGGAGGGGAUGAUCGCUAGCCAACAGUGCUGUUGUGUGCUGUAGUCUAGGCUGUGGUGGGCUGUAGUCUAGGCUGUUGUGUGCUGUAGUCUAGGCUGCUGUGGGCUGUAGUCUAGGCUGU